CAACGUUCAAACUACGAAGCAGUAUCCCCUUUCUGUGUCCUCUAUACAGGAGGUUUGUUUGCCGCUAAACACAAUAUACUUUUGGUUUCGGAUCAAAGUUUCUGUCUGCAAAAUGUUGUUUCACACGAAUGUGUCCAUGAUUUCGUACCUGCUUCUUUCGUUUUUCUCGAUUAUUGUGUCUACAACUUUCGGACACGGUUUCAAGCGCUCGGUGUUUUUUUUCGACGGAGCUGCGAAUUUUCCAGCAGUGCUUCUGCAUUGCGGCUUGGGCGCCGGUGUCCUCCUUGGAGCAUCGGCUGCGUCACCUCCGCCAGAGCCACGAACAUCAUGGGAAGAAGAAUCUCUACCAGCUUCAUCGGGCGGCGCCACCAGCGUGGAGCAAGCAGCGGAAAGUGCUGACAACGUCCGGGUGGAAGAUGCAACUCGUCCAGAAGCUGCAGCUCCCGUAACUGCUGCAGGAGACGGAUUAUUAAACCGGCGGUCUUUUCCCAUUGAGAAUGAGGAUGACAGGGAGCGAAGCCAAAGCGCGAGCAGGAGCCCGAGCUCCUUUAAUCCCAAGGUGCCCCGCCAGCUCGGAGGAGGUCCCCCGGAUGAAACUAGUACAACCGCAAACGAUCCUUACAGUGGCCUCGCUGGCGCGCCGGUAUUUGUUCCACUUGUUCCAUCGGACGAACCCAUGGUGGAUGGUACAUCGACGGAAAAUAACCUCCAAAACAUCAUGCAAAGGCCAGCUACUUUCCCCGGCCUUGCAGUGCAAAGGAUUGAAAAUUUCUUGGUAGAUGAUGAUGAGCCAGGGCUUCAGGUAGGCAAGUGGCAGCGGGUGAUGUUACACCAGCAACGACCAGAGCCUACUGAACAAGAACACGAGGCAGCGGCAGCACGAGGGUCUAAUAUGGUGCCAAAUGCAGUUGACAUGGACUACCUCGAUGGUACAACGUUUUCCGAUCAGCGUGCAACAAGACGAUACCAAAUCGAGUUGGAGGGCAACGAGGAUGCGAAUCCACCUCCGGCUGACGAGGAAGAGCGCGGCGGCACGAUGGAUGUCGACACGCCGACGCCGUCAUCAACAUUCGGUGAUGACAUCAAUGAAAACGACCACCUGAACCUGAACCAGGACGAAUUAUCACCGGAAACUGCAGGCAGCCGCAGCUCCUUCAACGAAGGUAGUCACCACCUGGGACGAGAGGAACACCAGCGAGCGUCAGCAGAUAUUAAUCUUGCCCAAGAUAACAGUGUCACCGCGAGCAGUAGUUCUGGACUUGGCACAACCUCCGGCACGAGCCGGAGUUGCAGCUCGUCGGGAAACUCUUCUUCCAUCAACGCGCGAAGUCGGUUACCCGUGUAUUCUAUGUAAAAGCGUCCCCACCCCAUAGUCAAGUUGGUAAAUCUGCAACACAAACCUCCAAGCUUUGGGAGUUGUGCAUGACAAGCCUCCAUCUGCAAUGUAGUGCUGGUUAGCAAGGGCGGUCGCAUAAGAAAGCCACUGUCUCAUCCUGGUGACAGCAUUACAACUUCCAAAAAUCGAUUGGGAAUGCCUCUCAUGGAGAUGCAAACUACAAAUGUUCCCGUCAUUGCACAUCUGCAUGAGAACUCUGGGGUGGGGACGUUUUUACAUAUGAUACCGUGCCGGAUUUUUCUGCGACUUCAGUUUUGUCCGCGAAAUUUCUCGACGACAGAAUACCGACGGAGGAGUCCGCGUUUACAAUGGACUGUGGUAAAAGCGGUGACGUUGCUGGUGGUGCUGCAAAGGAAGAUGUCGAGAUGGCUGAUGCAGCUGAUGACGGCGCUGAUGACCGUGACACUGGAGACGAGCGGGGAAGUGGAAUGAGCAAUACGCUUGAUGUGCCAACUGAUUUUCUUGACAGCGACAUACUGGGUGAACAAAGGCCCUGUCAGGUGAUUGCACCUGAAACAGCAGGUGGAGCGCUGCUCGCUCAUCAACCGAAUCGAGCAGGCCACGAUCCGGAACUGGAUUUCGACAUUCAACACAAGAAUACCCGUGCUUUUUCUGAUCCCUUUCACCUGAGGACUGGUCGUGCGGAGGAAGACGCACGGCCGGAAAGUUAUGCAAAAUCAGGAAUUUUUAUGAAUACACCUCGACUACCUGCCGAGGGAGCAGCAGCACGAUCUGUAAGUGCCGUUUCGGCGAGUUCUCCGUCUUGCUUACCAGCAGCGGAUCAUUGUUCAUCAGCCACGGCGGGGUGGCAUUCAUCUUCUCACGCGCCACAGCAAGAGGCAGUAGAGAUCACGCGGGAUGAUCGUAAUCGGCGGCAGCAAGAACACCAACACGUCGGCGACCGGGCAGCACUCGACGAGGAACCGCAAAAACUUUCUUCUUCGAGCUCUUUACCACUCCCCGCACGAGGAAAAAAAGCAGGAAGAAACGCUGAAGAUCUGCAACAAGAAGAUCGUCAUCCUGUUCAGGACCUUCCACACACAAGCCUCCAACAUUUCGGGGAAACUGCUCGCAGGACCACCCCGCAAGACCGAAGCGAAGUUGUUUUCACGACAGAGGAUCAACACCUUUGUCAGACCGACAACAGUAGCACAAGCAAGCCGAAGCGUAGAAAUUCAACUGGUGCGGUUUCGUCUUCGCAGCGGGCAGGAGCCGCUUGGAACCCUUCUGAUUCGCCGAAGAGAGGAGUGUCUAGUCCAACAGCAAGCAUGCAUUUUUCAAAUUCUACGCGGGACGAGAACAUGAUAAAUCCGACAACGAAGACAAGACACAAGAGUGUGUCCACCCCUUCCUCGCUAACAACCCUACUCUCCAACUUCUUCAGCGGUGAAGUUCCCGAUUCUUCCCGGGCGCUGGCCAGUGCCACUGCGAAAGUCAUCGACGACGGUGGGUUGGUAUCCUGUGCAAAAGCAUCGCACUCGUAAAUCGCAUGUAUGCAUGACAAAUCUCUUUCUCAAGGUAAAUGCGAAUGAGAAAUUCCAUUUGUCAUGCUGAGAAAAUUUGUAAUGCGACUACUACUAGUAGUACGAUGCUUUUGCAAUGCAUAACUAGCCCUGUUCCUUUACGCUCUGACCCACGUCUUGGAGUUCAGCGACUCAAUCUCCACGAAUGUUGGGUUGAUCACUGAAAUGAGUGGCUCAACUUGUGCUGGUCAAUCUUCGAGAACAAGCUCGUCCUUCGGCCGCGGCAGUUUCCGACGGGGCGGCAGAAGUCGCAACCAAGAUAAUUUCAGCCAAGACAACGGCUGCACUACCUCGUCCUACUCACUAACUUACGCUCCGGCCACAAACUUUCGCCUGGUCAGGAACAGUCUGUUAGACGCGGCAAGGGCGGCGAGUAAAAGCGCUGGUGGCUCCGGCGGAGAGGUUGACAUCAGCGACGAAAACCAACAGUAUAAGCUUCCGCCGGGCUUGUUUACGAGUAUCGUCGUGAACUCGUGUGAGGAACAGGAGCGACGGCAACAGCUUGCCCAGGAGCAAGACAGUCGUGGAGCAUUGGACCACAUCUCUGCAGACCUUUCCCGCCCACAGGAAGAGUACGACUACGACCGCCGCCACCGCUCGCACAGCCUGGACACCGACAGCAGCGGAGCUCUCACGACUAUGUUACCGAUCUCGUCCUCGUCUCAGGGGGACAACAAAUUCCUCUCCAGAACCACUCCAAAUGCAGAAGCUGUGGAUCGGCACAAAGUCGGUUCCGCAACAGCGCAGGUCCUUCGAGCACAGGAAAUACUCAAGCUGCAACGCGAGCGGAAGACAAGCAGUGCGACUGCGUCCAGUGGGGGCCUUGGCUUCACUCGGGACACGCAGUUUUUUUCCCUCGUGACCGCCUCAUCUUCGGGGAGUAACGUUGUUGCUUCCCAUGAUUCAGUAACAGGAUCCGGCCCAACAUCGCAGGAUGUUGCCACGCAAGACACCGAAAAUAAUAGAAAUGCGGCAUAUGCGAGAAGCGACAGUCGUCGCGCCCGCAUGAAAACCUGCCUGCGAAACUGCGCAGAGUCUAUCAUGCGAACCAUGGAUUCUCCGUAUUUUUACCAUCAAUUUCACAUCCCGCCUUAUCCGCCCCUCUACUACAAUCACGAUAGAGGUGCUGUUGCCAGCACGAACACUGCUGGUGCGGAACAUCAGGCGCAACAGGAACCAGGUGGACAAUCCGCAUCGGUCCACAGCCUGGAUUGGAACAGUGCUGCGAGUGUGCUAGGAGGCAGUACAACUAGCAGAGAAGUGGAUGGAGAUGAUGGCCGGCGGAGGUCGAUGUCUGAUAUUGUCGCGUCGGUAUCAUCGCAUCACGAUGAAGCCUCUAUGAGUCGAGGCGGAAGAACAUCAACAGGACCACGACUAGUGACAGGAACGCCAUUCCAAAAUUUUUUUCGGCGACAGCGCUCUCCAGGCGAUAGAAAUUCGUGUUUUCGAAUCGGCGAAAGACCAGCUGGUCGCGGAGAAAGCGGCGCUGCAGGCGGCGGGAAAAUGGAAUUUCUCGAGGAGAUCGAGCUGUUGCUAUUGCAUCCUGAAGAGAUCUCCACGAGCGAGAGGCGUUCCGGUCCCAGCGGUGACGCUCGUCGUGCCGGCCAGUCGAUAGAGCAACAUUUUCGCGGCCCGGAUUACCUCCUAGAAGCAGAGGCCGACCGGCUGACUGGUGUUUCUGUUUCUCCUGCUGAACAGGUACUAGUUGAAGAUCAUGGCUUGACAACUUCUAACACAUCCGUGGCACGAGCGGAGCCAUCGCAUACUGCGCCAUACAAGAAAUCUGCAUCACUUUCAACGACGGGAAGCGGUACUAGCGUGUCGUCGUCUUCCGGGGCAUUGUCGACAUCCUACGGCAGUACAACGACAGGUUCGGGCACGUCAACCGGAGCGGGAGGUGGUUCUUCUUCCACUUCGUUUUUAAUAGCGGGCGGAUCUUCCUCCUCCUCUUCCUCUAGAAUCGCUACGCCUGGUUCAACAUCUGUUCCUUUCAAGCGUCAGAGCUCCACCCGAUCCAGUGGGGCUUCGAGUUUUGCGUCGCAAAAAACCGAUCUACUUCCCUCUGUCGCUUCUUCUACUAAGCCGAAAUUUGACAAAAAGUGGGGACGAAUACUGCUAUCCGUGAAAGAUGAGAUGAUGCAGCCUUCUGCUGGUGGAAGAACAGCAAAUACAAUCGGUAGCACCUCUACAACCACGCCAAACGACCGCGGACCUGUUUCGCAAUACGAACGUCUGCUCCCGCCCGAUUCGGCCUCGGUUUUUUCCCGGGGCUGCAGUCCGGGGAGUGAGUUGGAAGAUGACCUCGUCCAAGUGGGUACUACAGACGGUGGGAAUUAUACGGGAAGUGGCGGUUCUUGUAACAACGACGAUGAUCGUCGGUUGGCUUCUUGUCCGCUCCACUCCUGCCCUAGGGCCGCGACCCGAGGGGUAAGGAGACAGUACCACCGGUGCCGCCGGUGGUUGCGCAGGCAGCGCUCGUUACUGCGACGGAGGGUGAAUAUGGAAGGGAAGAAGUUGUUCUUGUGUUGGUCGUCUAGUUUCUGGGGCUUUCUUUUGUUGGUCACUUGAUUUGUCAUGCAUGGUGGCAGUACGAGCAGUUAGGUCUAGGUGUCGUUGUAAGGGUACAAGUACAACAGAGAUCUAGAGUGAGGGAACCAAUAAAGCCCCUCUUUAUGCAAAAUUUACUUCACACACCACCAACUUCUCCUGCCCCAUACGCGACCAGCAGAUGAUCAGGAUCCGCGAGUCCCGUGGCGUGCAAAACUGUCUAUUCAGACUACAAAGUCGCCCCCGCCCGCUAGACCAGCGGCUUCUCCAGGACGGUCAACAGGACGGUAUGUUCGGUUCGUCUUCUUCUUCUUCGACAGCACCCGGCCAUGCAACGGCGGCGGCAACAACUACUUCUCGGCACCAUGACAAUCUCCAUCAGUACAACUCUUCCACCCCGCCGUCUCCCCACGACGGCCAAUAUCAAAUGUAAAAAUGUCUGGGUCUGGAAGAAUGCAACUUGUGACGCUGCGUUUGGAUUCCAAAAAAAUCUGUAUAGCAUGAGCAGCAAGGGGAAUGCGAUUUUUGCUACGCGGAGAGGGCAUUUGUCAUGCGGAAUAGGCAUAAAGAUACCCUCAAAACAUCUGUGAUGCUAGGGCAUGCAUCACAGACAUCAUGGCUCAUGCAAAACGUGCAUCACAAGUCUCAGAAUCUUCCAGACCCAGACAUUUUUACAUUUGAUAGCCAAGCCCCGGAGUUCAUUCGGACAAUCACUUUGAAACUCGAUUUGCCGGUAUGCAAUGUAAAUUUCCCGUACAUGUACAAAAUGCAUGACAAAUUUUGCUAACUUGCAGUGUACAACUUGUCAUGCUAGACUAGGAUUGAAGGCACGUUUUGUCAUGCAGAGACAGCAUUUGUACGUGUACGGGAAAUUUACUGUGGAUAGCCGCUUUUGAAACAGCAUUGGAAAUUUUCCCGGAAAGUGGCGUUUUUCCGACAGGCGGGGAGCGACCAGUUUGUGUCGUGUGCAGUUUGAUGAAAAAUUUAGUACAACACCAGCACUGGGCGGCAGUCCAGUAUUUUUCUUGGAUGGAGGUUGGACGAGAUUGAAAACUUAUCAAGCUGCUCGCAGUACUUAGGUGUCUUGACACAUCAACAUCAUCGAUUUCAUGUAGAUUUACAUAUGAGAAUGAAAAGUUUUGUUGUAGAAUUGAAAAUUGUUUUGGCAAAUGAUGGCGAUCGCAGGAAUGAUGCCUGCGUCCGUCACGGUUCCACCCAGAUUGAUUUGAGCGGCGUGAGGAACCCCUAAGCUUCAGUUGUAAAACUACACAUGGUCGUCAGAAUACUAUGACUGGAGAUGAAAAUGUUUGCGACGUCUUCGUCUCGUAGUUCUUUACUGGCGCGCCGCUUCAUUCCGUUUCCCCAGCGGGGCGCGAAGCUUCCCCGGAGUAUGGCCACGCGCGC